AGACUUCGAGAGAAGGGACGAGAAAGACAAAGAUGGGAAGGGCCAGAUGUCGAAGCAAAAGAGCAGGGGUUGGUUGCAGUGGGCUUUCGAUGUCAUUGACCUCGGCUUUAUGAGUGCCAGAGGUAUUGGAUGGAACUUUCAAAUCCGCAAUCUACCUCCAGCACCGGCGAGAGACAUACCGCGCCUGCAAUUCGCAGCCAAACAACUGGUCUCAGCAGCUUUCGAUCUUUUGCUUGUGGAUCUCUCAUACCAUCAUCACCGCAACUUCUCACCCAUCGCCUCUGUACCGGUCAAACAACUCACCACCCAACCACUUCCCCUGGCUCUCCUNNCAACGCCUGGCUCAUCUAUCUCCAAGCUCGCUGGACAAUGUCCGCCACCCAUAAAAUCCUCGCCGCCAUCACUGUUCCNCUCCACCUCUUCUCGCCAUCAGAAUUUCCACCACUGUUUGGGUCUUUCAAGCAUGCGUAUACGAUCAAAGGAUUUUGGGCAAACACUUGGCAUCAAA